AUCUAUCCCAGCCUGUCGAAUAAGGGUCUGGCCAAGGAAAACACCACCGGUAUUGCUUCUACUAUCCUUUGAUCAGGCCACUGCUUUUCGAGCAGUAGAUGGUUCGCAUCGAGUCAAAUUUUGACAUGCUUCUAGUGCUUGGGUAAAUGCUUUUAUGAGACUCUGACAGAAGAAGCCGUGUCCCGAAGAUUCAGAUCUCAUGCGACUGUAUAGCAAUGACGGAUUUUCUGUCGUUGCGCAACUGCAAUGCACAAUUGAAGACUUAGCGUUCCAGUGUAGAGCAACAGCUAUAUUAUGCAAUAUGGUGGGUCAGGAACUCCGAUAAGUCAAGUCUGUCUGUCGGGAUGGCUCCGUGUUCCGAACCGAAGUCAACACAACCUAGCGCACAGUAUUCUCAUAUGCCGAGGUGGUUUACGAUUUCUAUUAAUAGAAGUCGUCAAGUCAAAUUGAUCUGCUUUUUGUUACGCCUAAUGAACAAACCAGCCAUGUCAAGCCAAAUAUCAUCACCUGUCGUGAAUGCCUCCGGCAAGACCCGCCUUCGGGAAUCUCUUGAGAGAGCCAAGCGAGGCGAAGGACCCAGCGUCGGACAAUGGCUCGAGUUUCCAGGAUAUACGCUGGCGAGAACGAUAGGUUCAUUAGGGCAAGAUUGGGUCCUCAUUGAUUGCGAACAUGGAAACAUCGACGACAAUGACAUGUACCUGCAAGUCGGUGCGAUAGCAUCGUCUGGGUGCUCGCCAAUCGUGAGGAUACCAAGCAGUGAGUCAUGGAUGAUGAAGCGGGUACUAGAUGCUGGAGCCCACGCAAUCAUGGUUCCGAUGUGCGAGACGAAGGAGCAAGCAGAGGCCAUCGUACGCGCGUGUAAAUACCCGUCGAACAAUUGGACACAAGGUAUUCGUGGGGCCGGUGCUAUGUUUGCAUCUGCGAACUUCAAUCAGACCGGCCGGGAGUAUCUGCUAAGCGCAAACGAUAACGUCAUGAUUUGUGUUCAGAUCGAAUCUCGGAAAGCAGUCGAGAAUGUGGAAGAGAUCGCCAAGGUAGAUGGUAUCGAUAUGCUCUUCAUCGGUCCAAAUGACCUUGCUUCAUCAAUGGGAUAUGUUGCUUUCGACCACGCUUCGAUAGCUGAGGUCCAAGAGGCUUCAGCACGCAUUCUCAAGGCAAGUUUGGAUGCCGGAAAAUAUGCGGGCCACUUCGCUUUGAGUGCUGAUAUUGCGGCGACGCGAUAUGCACAAGGAUUUCAUUUCGUCAAUUGCGGCGCGGAUAUUGUCGCUGUCACCGCCUGGAUGUCAAACGAAAUGGCUAGUCUUAAGAGCCUGGUACAAAAUUUAAAGAAGGCAGGACAAGCAAGGGAUGGAAUAGAUGAUAGAAAUGAUGACGAGGUAAGAUUGGCAGAUAACUACAACUAGGUCAAGUCUGCGACGUCAAAAACAGGCAAAACAAACCGAUUCCCAGGGCUUCUGAUUUAACACCAUCGCGGAGAUGCCAAUGUAGACAGAAAUUACCUUGCCCUUUGCUGGAAGAAGGGGUUCUUAAUUCCAUUUAACCGCGCAUCGUACAUAUGCA